AUGAUAAGAAACUUUCGGUUUACCUCUUUCCUCUCUGCCGCUAAACCUCUCACCUCCUUCGCCUGCUCAUCUUCUCCGGCGAGACAUCCACCGCAAUUCACGUCAUCUGCAUCAACUCCUCUCCGUAUAACUCCUCCCAAAACUCCACUAUUCCUCAGAACACCCUCCCACGCAGCUCCUUUAUCAGAAGUAUUAAAAUGGCAAGACUGGGCGAAAGAUCUCGCCUCCUCGGUAAAGAACUCUUCAACAAAGUCUGAAGAUAGCUUAGACUCUAUUCUCCUCCUCCGUGAGCUAAAAUGGCUAACCGAAGACUCGAUCACAGACGAUAUUACCAGAAGGGAGUUAGGAGGAGAGAAGAGUGUGAAGCUGAGAGCUUCCUUGGAGGAGCUAUACGAGUUAUGGCGUGAGAGGAUCGUUAACAGGCGGCCGUUUCAGUACGUGGUGGGAUGUGAGCACUGGAGAGAUAUGGUGUUGUGCGUUGAGGAAGGUGUUCUUAUUCCGAGACCUGAGACGGAGCUUAUUGUUGAUUUGGUGGAGGAGGUGGUGAGGAGAGAUGAUUGGUUUAGGAGAGGAGUUUGGGCUGAUCUUGGAACGGGAAGUGGAGCGAUUGCGAUUGGUGUUGGUAGAGUUUUGGGUGGGUGUGGGAGAGUUAUAGCUACAGAUGUUAGUCCCGUGGCGGUUGCUGUGGCGGGAAACAAUGUUGGAAGAUAUGAGCUUCAGGGAAUGAUUGAGAUAAGAGAAGGUUCUUGGUUUGAGCCUUUGAAAGAACUUGAAGGGAAGCUUGUGGGGCUUGUGAGUAAUCCACCAUACAUACCAAGUGAUGACAUUCCAGGCCUACAAGCUGAAGUUGGUAGACACGAACCGCACCUUGCGUUGGACGGUGGUGUUGAUGGGACUGAUAGUCUUUUCCAUCUUUGUGAUGGGGCUUCACGGAUGCUUACAAGCGGUGGUUUCUUUGCUUUUGAGACUAAUGGAGAUAAGCAAAGCAAGAUGAUCGUUGAUUACAUGAACAGUGAUCUCAAGAACAUUUUCUCUGAUGUGAAGAUAGUUUCUGAUUUUGCUGGAAUCGGUCGUUUUGUGACUGGCUUUCGUCUCUGAGAUUUUACGCAACUCGCUGUAGUGCCAUUUCCCUAUAAUAUAUGUGUCCUAAUUGAGCUACAUUUAUGGAUUUGUGAAAUUAUUUUUUCCUCAAAAUCAUGAACGGUGGUUAACCGAAGAAUCU